AUGGCUAGGCAGGAACACGAGGGUUACAUUGGCAAAGCCAAGAAACCGCUGGAGCUGUUUGAGGUUAGAUGGUUUGGGCCACUCCACUACCGCCUGUACCUUCUCUGGGUCCGUUCUCACUUGCCCACUCUCAAAGAUAAUAUCGUCAAGGUAGAUGAAGACGGUGCUAUUGAGAAAGUCACGGAGGACGUCAUUAACAAGAGCUUGGAAGAUGGCAGGGGCUCAUUGUCUCUCAGUGUGAUCCUGGUCUCCAUGGGACUGACGGUGUGUACUGUCUGGCUCGUUGCUCUGUGUGGUGUCUGCACCUGGUGUCAACGCAAAUUGGGGAAGAGGAACAAGCCUGGAGUUGAGGCAGCUAGCCCUCCAGACUCGGUGCGCGGUCGAGGGGAAAACAAAGUCAUCAAUCACAGUGAUCUAGACAGAGACUUUUGGAAUAACAAUGACAGCAGCAACGUGCAGCAGAGGUGGAGCUCCUACCCGCCCAAGGAGUUCCUCCUAAACAUGUCCCCUUAUGCCCCCUACGGAGACCCUCGCCUCACGCCCAAUGAGGGGAAGAUGGUGGUUCUGUCUCUAGCCAUAGGCCUUGCAGAGCAGGAUGACUUUGCAAACCUCCCAGACCUUCAGGAAGCUCCAGCAUCUCAGGAGAGCCAGACACCCACAGACAAGAGGAGCCUUGGUACCAAGCCCAGCUGCAGUCCUAAGGGACAAACUCCCGACGACGCAGGCCGACGCCCUGGACAUGAUGCCAACUCUUCUGUCUCGGACCUUGUCAACUCCGUCACCAGUGACAUGCUGAUGGUAUCUCCAGGUUCAGAGGAGGAUGAACAUGAGGGUCCAGUGUGUGAGAAGCUGGGAAGGAUCCAGUUUAGCGUGGGCUACAGCUUCCAGGACUCCACCCUGACUGUAAAGAUUCUGAAGGGCCAGGAUCUACCCGCCAAAGACUUUUCUGGAACCUCAGACCCCUUCGUCAAACUCUACUUGCUGCCCGACAAGAAGCACAAACUGGAGACCAAGGUCAAGAGGAAGAACCUCAACCCCCAUUGGAAUGAGACAUUCCUGUUCGAAGGAUUCCCCUAUGAGAAAGUGGUCCAGAGGACCCUGUACCUGCAGGUUCUAGACUACGACCGCUUCAGCAGGAACGACCCCAUAGGAGAGGUGUCCAUCCCCCUGAACAAGCUGGACCUCGCCAACAUGCAGACCUUCUGGAAAGAGCUCAAACCCUGCAGCGAUGGCAGCGGGAGUCGAGGAGACCUGCUGGUGUCCCUGUGCUACAACCCCACAGCCAACACCAUUACUGUGAGCAUCAUCAAAGCCCGAAACCUCAAAGCCAUGGACAUCGGAGGGACCUCUGACCCAUAUGUAAAAGUGUGGUUGAUGCAUAAGGACAAGCGUGUGGAGAAGAAGAAGACAGUUGUGAUGAAGCGUUGUCUGAACCCGGUCUUCAACGAGUCUUUUCCUUUCGACGUGCCUGCCCACGUGCUGAGGGAGACCACCAUUAUCAUCACCGUCAUGGACAAGGACAAACUCAGCCGCAACGAUGUCAUUGGAAAGAUUUACCUGUCAUGGAAAAGUGGUUCAGCAGAGGUCAAACAUUGGAAAGACAUGAUGGGUCGUCCUCGUUCUGCUGUUGCCCAGUGGCAUGCUCUCAAAGCCUGAGAGACUCCCCAGGACCAGACCCUAGAACCCAGAACCCAGUCACCACCCUCAGCCUCUGUCCUCCAGAUUCCAGAUCCCCAGAAUAAGACUCUGUGUCCUGUCUCCCGGACUCUGGACACUACCCUUCCACUUUCAGAGUUUAUGCUGGCUGGUUGGUGUUACACCCCCUCCCCGGUGUUCAACGUCAGGACCUGGGCCCUGGGUGAAUUAAGGAAUCCUUCAUUUACUUGGCUCUCCCUACUGCUCAAAGUGUCCUGGAUGGUUGUCUACAUUAAUAUUCACCUUCACCCUUUUAGAACCUCCCCUGUCCAUCAAAGCAGUAUCAACAAAGUGAGAGGCUGAGACUGACACUGAGGAAGAUGAAACUGGACGGAUCAAAAGCGAAGCUCGUUUUCCUUUUCACACUUAUUCUGCACACAUUCUUUUUGUCUAUCAUACCUCUUAUCUCUUUUUGCAUCUUUACACUGCAUUUGUAUGGUUUUGUCAGACUGUAUUUAAUACAGCACAAAUAGCAAUGUCAUACAUUUUUUUCCAACCGUCUAUAUUCAGUGCAAAAAGAAAUGUGGAUGUUAUGGCCGAGGAUCAGGGACGUGCACAGGCAUUUGCUCUAGCAUGUCACUUUCUUUCUCAUACAAGCUCAAAAAAGGGAUCAACAUUUUUAAUCCUAUAUUUAUUUACAGUACUAUACCACAGUUAUAUAGUACAAUACAGUUAUACCACCAUCACCUGAGCCUCUCUCUUCUCUACAGAUCGCACAAUAAUGUAACAGACAGGACAUAAUGUAGCUACGUUAGCCUGCUGCUGCUAUAGGCUAUUACCAGAGCCCGUCUACGGAGAGCCUGUCCACUC